CACUUUAGUGAUUCUAGAGAUCCGCGAAGGCAUCACAACUCGUAACUGACUUUCAAUUGUAUAUCUCGGAAUAAGGUGAAAAUGACAAAAGUGAGCAAAUUUAUUAGAAUAUUUUUUAAUUUUAUUGGCCAAUAUUUAAUAAAUUUGCUUAUUUUUGUAAUUUUUACCUUGUUUCAAGAUACACAAUCGACCCCCAGAUAAAAAAAGAAGAAGAAAGAAGUGAUUCUUCCUUUUGUCUUCCUGAUUCUCUUUUAAUUCCGCAUUAUGAGACCAGUCACCGAGAGUGGAGCGGUAUUUAUUUGUGAUAACUGUAAUGUAGUUAUAACAGGCAGCGCAGCUGCCCAAAAACAUUAUGAUGAAUGUACGAUUAAUAAGGAUGAAACAGAAAAUGUUUUAAGCUCUCCUGAAAGCGAUGAAAAAGAAUUGCUCAUCGCUGAAGUCUUCUGUAGGGAGCCUUUAUGGAAUUCGCAACUCCCGUAUGCUGAAAGGAGUUAUAAUAAAACAUCAAUCAUGUGGUCAGAAAUUGAUAGAAUUUUAGAUGUGCAAAAUGGAUACAGUCAAAAAACAUUUAAAUCUUUACGAGAUCGUUUUGUCAAACUGUUAGCUGAGGAAAAUAAAUCCAAGCGCAGUGGCAGUGCCGCAAAUAGUAAAAUCGAUUGGAAAUAUUUUAACCAACUCAACUUCCUUCGCCCUACUGUGGAAUUCAGACCAACGAUAAGCAACCUCCCAAAAAAACGUUCCAUUAAAGAUAUGGAAACAUCGAUAAGUACAUCUUCUACGCCAAAAAAAGCCAAGAGUCUCACGCCUGCAGGAUCGUCGACAGAAGAUUUUGAAUCGUUUUGUAAAAAACAUUUAGAAUCAAAUCAUGUACCCGAUCGUAUUGGAUCUUUUAUGCUCUACUUAGAGUCUGAAAUCAGAACGCUUCCAAAUCAGGCGGUGAACAAGUUAAUACGAAAACUAACGGAAUCUUUGAUGCAGAUACAAGAUGAGUCAACCACAUAGCGAAAAAAAAAACAGUUUUUUAACCAACCAUUGGUUUGAUAUUUAAGAAUUUUUUAUUGGAAUAUUUGACUGUA